GCGACUCGAUGGCUCACACAGCAGCAGCAGCAGCUCGGAGUGUCAUCCUGCAAACAGCCCGACCUCAGCUCACUACAGCACCGAUAAGACACUGACUGGAUCUCCUAGCUUUAAGGAAGGAGGAGGAGGAAGAGGAGGAGGAGGAGGAAGAGGAGAGGCUGUGUUUCCCCCGUCACAGUGAUCUGAACAGCGGAGAAGCUCAGACUGAGGAUCCGCUACGUCAAGCAGAUUAGUCAGAUAACCCCUCUCUCUCUGGAGGUAGGACAGACCUCCUCUCUUCUCUCCUCUCCUGCUGAGGGCUGAGAGGAAGACACAGUCUGACAAGGAAGAGAAACACACAACUACUUUUCUUUUUCUUUUGUUUUCCUGCUGGGUGAGUCAGUAGUCCUCCAGCUCCUUUCUUCAUCAUCUUCUUCCUCUCCUUGGUGCGAAAUGGCGAAAGAAAACGGCGAGUCCAGCGACGGAUCAUCUUGGAAGAAGCAUGUCGAUGAUAUCAAGAACAUCUUUGACUUCAAGGAAGUCCUCGGGACCGGUGCGUUUUCUGAAGUGGUGAUGGCUCGGGAGAAGGCCACGGGAAAGAUGGUCGCAAUCAAGUGCAUCCCGAAAAAAGCGCUGAAGGGGAAGGAGACGAGCAUCGAAAAUGAAAUCGCCGUGCUUAGGAAGAUAAAGCAUGAGAAUAUCGUGGCUCUGGAGGACAUCUACGAGAGCUCAAACCACCUGUACCUCAUAAUGCAGCUGGUGUCUGGAGGCGAGCUGUUUGACCGCAUCGUAGAGAAAGGUUUCUACACAGAGAUGGACGCCAGUCGGCUCAUUCGACAGGUUCUGGAUGCAGUCAACUACCUGCACACUAUGGGCAUAGUGCACAGAGACCUAAAGCCGGAGAACCUGCUGUACUUCAGUCCCCACAAUGAAUCAAAGAUCAUGAUCAGUGACUUUGGCUUGUCAAAGAUGGAGGGAACAGGUGACGUGAUGGCCACCGCCUGUGGGACUCCAGGAUACGUGGCUCCUGAGGUUUUAGCUCAGAAGCCCUACAGUAAAGCCGUGGACUGCUGGUCCAUUGGGGUCAUCGCUUAUAUUCUGCUCUGUGGUUACCCUCCUUUCUACGACGAGAACGAUUCGAAGCUCUUUGAGCAGAUUCUCAAGGCAGACUACGAGUUUGACGCUCCGUAUUGGGAUGACAUAUCAGACUCCGCCAAAGACUUCAUCAGCUGCCUAAUGGAGAAGGACCCAGAGAAGAGAUUCAUAUGUGACCAGGCUCUUCAGCACCCUUGGAUUGCUGGAGACACGGCUCUCUGCAAGAACAUUCAUGAAUCAGUCAGUCGACAGAUGCGGAAAAACUUUGCCAAAAGCAAAUGGAGGCAAGCCUUUAAUGCGACGGCUGUGAUCCGCCACAUGAGGCGCCUGCAGCUGGGCACCAGCUUUAACAGCAGCAUUCACAACGCCAACUCGGUGUCCAACCCUCAGAGUCGUGCUCCAGCCAAGAGCCAGUCUGUGGACUGUGCCCCGCUCUCCCUGAAGGACUGUCCUCCAAUCGCACCUUUGCCCUCUGCCGUUAAAGCGUACAAUCAGGACUCUGACGCCUCUUCUCCCGUACGAGAGGAACCAUCCGUGGUGGCCGAGUCAUCGCGCCCGCCACGACCCUCCACCGUUACGGUCAUCCACACUGGGACUAAAUGACGCCAGGUUCCGCGGGAGGUGAGCUGGGAGACCACGGAGCUUUGAGAUGGGACACAACCAUCCCUCAGGCCUCAACGUCGUCGCCCAGUUUGCCCAUCCCGCAGCCUCCCAUCUGUUUCUGCCAACCACGGGAGGAAUUUGAGGAGCCUUGGCUCAGCACGGCACCCCGGCUGCUUCCCUUCCCACUGUCACACAGAACUGGAAGCACAGAGGGGAAGAUGCUCACCAGAAGUUGUUAUUGUGGAAGCCACGUUCAACCUGGAUCACGGUUGUCUGGCAGAUAAACAAGCAGCUGGGGAGUGCCACACUAAAGGGAAUUUGAAGCUGCUAUCAGUUUUGACUGUGAGCGUCUUUGAGAAGAGGACACUCCGCUGUAUGCCUUGUGUAAAUAUCCUGCCUGGAAAUGUUGAGUGGAGUCAUGUUAUGCAAGUGAAAUAUAAGCUUCAAGCUGUGGUGAAUAAUUGUGACAUCAUCUGCACUCUGAACUUCUUCUUGUCGUUUUGACAGCUCUUGUUAAUUUGCUGUGGUGUUUGCUACAAUGGCUCCCGACGGUGUGACGGUAUGUGUUAUAUCUUUUUGCUUUAAAGUGGAGCAGAACGGUGAUCGCUGUGAGGGCCGGUGCCCUAAGGUAUGGAUUAUUUAUUUUCUUACAAUAUAUUCCGACUUUUGUAAGAAAUGUGUAAAUGUGUUAUUAGACUUGACUGAAAUGCUAUUGAAUAUGAUAAAGAUACAGUAUCUAAUAGUUGUUUUCUUUGUAAUUGCUGUUUUAUUUGAUGAAUUAAGUUUUUGGACGUGACUGUGAAGUCCUCCUUGACCACAGGAGGGCAACCACGUGUUGUUGCUGUGUGACCAGUUCUCAGGGAUGAAGCCAACCAAACCCCUCUCACCGCUGGUGAUGAGGAUGAAAUAGUUGAAAAAUAUGACCUCCAAAUACUGCAUAUUACUCUAAUGUGCCAUCGGGAGAGUUUGACAGAUGUUUUCUUUCUUUAAAUCCAUCAUUAUUGAUGACAGUAUGAGUGUAAUGUAACUUGUACUGAAUGGAUUGUUUUUCCCUUUAAAAAUCUUAUUUGGAUUUAAAGAAAGUGUUUAUCAGUGAAGUGUGCAUUCUUGUCUGCAGUAAAAAUGUAAAAUGACAAAUGAAUGCAAACGUAUCAUUGCAGAGUCGUCUAUAAUCAGUAGUGUACAGUUCAGUGGUGGUAAUAUCGUGCUACCUGCUUCCGCUCAUGACGUGGCUGGUCUGAGAACAGCUCGCUCACUCUGUGUUUAAUCACUGUGCUUUCAUACCAGCCUGUUGAAUUUAGCAGAAAGACUCUUUCUCCUUCGCUCUCUAGAGACUCUCACACAGAGAAGAGAAGGGAUCUGUCUUUGUAUUUUCUCUGUGGUACCUCUAUUUAAUUUCAAAUCACUCAACAUGAAUGGUAAAAAAAAAAUAAAUAACACUCCACCAGAACAUGCCAAAUAAUGAGGCGAUUUUGAAUUAUCUAAAAAUGUUGUGGUGAAUAUUUACUGUAAAUACAAAUCUCAACAACACAGUUAGUUUGGGUCUUGAGUGUUUAUUUUGCCUUCCCUAUAUCCCCCCCCCAAAAAAACAAAUCAACAGAAAAUAUGAAGCAUUUAAAGCCCCUCCGUUUGCAUGUAAUUGUUGCAGAAAUGUGAUUUGUAGUUGUAGAGAUUCAUGUAUUAAAAAAAGAAGCUUGUUUGCA